AGGCUUCUUACUUGGUGACGUUUCAAAAUGGCGGAUAAGCCGAUGCUAGACGAUACUGAAGACGUGGCCUUGGACUUUGGUGCCGAAGAUGAACUAGACAGGCAGCGCAGAUUUAGGCAUCCUGUAGCGGUAUUUUUUCACCUUGCCUUUCGAGUUGCCUCAAUAUUGGUAUAUCUACUGUGUGGUUGGUUUGUGGAUAGCUUUAUUACUAGCUUUGUACUGAUAGUCAUCCUCUUGUCUAUGGACUUUUGGACAGUCAAAAAUAUAUCUGGUAGGUUACUAGUAGGCCUGAGAUGGUGGAACUAUGUAGAUGAGGAUGGAAAAAGUAACUGGGUAUAUGAAUCUCGAAAAGGUAAAUUAAAAGGUCUUACUACAGCAGCGGAGUCUCGUAUCUUCUGGCUUUCAUUGGUGGUGUGCCAAGUUAUAUGGCUGGUCUUCUUCUUUGGAACUCUCUUUACUCUGAAAUUUAAGUGGUUUAUGGUUGUAAUAGUUGGUAGCCUUCUGAAUGGUGCUAAUCUCUAUGGAUAUAUCAGAUGUAAAAUGGGAUCCAGGAAAAAAAUGACGGGUGUGGCAACAAACUUCUUGGGUGCUCAAGUCUGGAGAUCUAUGUUGGCAACUGCCACUGCCUCAGCUGCAGGAAAGGAGUAAAUAAAAAGGCUGAUGAAAGAACUGCGCUGAGAAAAAGACUUACACAUAGUCCAUGUGGGAGUUUUAUGGACUUGUCUUCAGGUUGCAGGGUCCUUUUUUGUUUGUGGCCAAUUCGUUUUCUUGUCUGGACGAUUUUGGUUGAUGUUGUUUUAGUUUGUUAAUGAUAAGUGGGAUCAGAUAUUUGAUUCAUUUUUUUCUAUCAUGUCACACUCGAAGAGAACUUGAUUUUUCGCUACUACCAAGUCAGUUUUUUUACUUCUAAAGCCAAAGAGACUUAAGGUCUUUGGAACAUUACUAAAAUUAUUUUUCAAGUUGUUGAAUGUUGGUGCCACCACUCUUUACCAAUUUUACAUUAAGUGAAUAGAUAGGCAUGGAUUAAACUAUCCUAUGCAGAUUUACUUUUUCUUACUUAUUGCUUAAUUUUUUUCAGAGAAUUUUAACACAUCUUGUGUGGUUCAAACUAAACGGUGCUUUUCUUAAAUAAUUUCUCAUCUACUUCCCCACUCUGCUGGUCAGAGGAUGUAAGUAACUUAUAAGUUUCACCUACUGUUGAGGUCUAAUCGGUUUCAAUUUAAAUUCACAGUUCCAAAAUAUUUUGGGAAUAAUAAUUUGCACCACAGUUCUCUAUAUGUGUUAAAGAACGGGGGAUAUAUAUAGGGAUUUAUUAUUAUUAUUUAUAUGGUAUUAUAAGGUUAAAAAAUGAUCAUAUUAUUGAAUGUUAUGUUGUAUUCAGUUAACAAGACGUACAUUAAAAGAGUA